CGCUUCCUUUAUCCUGUUCAGCCUUGCGGCGCGCGUGCACACCGCUCGGUCUCUAUGCGCAGCCGGUAGAGGAGAGGACGGAGGCGCCAUUUUGCGACAACUUCACUAAAGUCGACCAACAGACAUGUAUCCGAACGCUUUGACCCAGUUGGCCCGGGCGAACCCGUUCAGCGCCCCGCUUUUCACCCUUCAGAAAGUGGAGGAGCCCGAAACACAGACCCCCGUACAGAAGCGGCGCCUCGCGGCAGCAGCAGUCGCCGACUCGGGCGACAGCUGUGCAUUCGGCUCAGGGAAAUACUACGCUCUGUGCGGGUUCGGGGGCAUCCUGAGUUGUGGCAUUACACACACGGCCGUCGUGCCGCUCGAUUUGGUGAAGUGCCGCCUGCAGGUGGAUCCUGGCAAAUAUAAGAGCAUCUUCACCGGCUUCUCCGUGACCAUUAAAGAGGAUGGUGUUCGCGGUCUGGCCAAGGGAUGGGCUCCCACCUUCAUCGGUUACUCAAUGCAGGGACUCUGCAAGUUCGGCUUCUAUGAGGUCUUCAAGAUCCUGUACGGAGACAUGCUGGGAGAGGAAAACGCGUACAUGUGGAGAACCUCUCUGUAUCUGGCGGCCUCUGCUAGCGCUGAGUUCUUCGCUGAUAUCGCUCUGGCCCCUAUGGAGGCAUGUAAAGUGCGUAUUCAGACUCAGCCCGGGUAUGCCAACACCCUGAGGGAAUGUGCGCCCAAGAUGUACGGCGAGGAGGGUCUCUGGGCGUUCUACAAAGGUGUUGUCCCUCUGUGGAUGAGACAGAUCCCCUACACCAUGAUGAAGUUCGCCUGUUUCGAGCGCACCGUUGAGCUGCUCUAUAAGUAUGUGGUACCCAAACCCCGCAACGAGUGCUCCAAAUCUGAGCAACUGGUCGUCACUUUCGUCGCUGGUUACAUCGCCGGUGUGUUCUGCGCCAUCGUGUCUCACCCUGCUGACUCCGUGGUGUCUGUGUUGAACAAAGAGAAGGGAAGCACAGCCGGACAGGUGCUCAAGAGGCUCGGACCCAUGGGUGUCUGGAAGGGUCUGGUGGCCCGUAUCAUCAUGAUCGGUACACUGACGGCCCUGCAGUGGUUCAUCUAUGACUCAGUAAAGGUGUAUUUCCGCCUGCCACGUCCUCCUCCACCCGAGAUGCCCGAGUCCCUCAAGAAGAAGCUCGGCCUCACAGAGUAAACCUCCACCCCAUCGCCCUCCUCCACAGCCGCACACCUCCUGUUUUCUAUAUUUAAGUCUGUCCUGAGCCCCGCUCCUCCUGCAGGUGAAGGGAUCGCUCUUCACGGGGCGCGUCCGUGUCUAAAUAGUCUAUAUAAAAGGUUUGUGAUGAACGAAUGCCAUCUGGUUUUAACCUCUGACAUCGGUUUUGUCAGUAGAACAAUAAAGAGCUCCCUGGAUAUUACACACUA